GCAGCGGAGCCGCGGAGCGGGCGGAGGGGCCGGGGAAGUGCGCUCGGGGGCGCGGAAUGUGAGGCUCGGCGGGCCGCAGCGCGCACGGACCCUCGGACGGGCGAGGGGCGGCGACCUCUCGCGGACGCCCGGCCGCGCGCCGGGCCGGCCACUCUCCCUCUCGCUCGCCCUCGCGCGCUCCCCGCGCCCUCCAGCGCGCCGGCGGGACCAUGAAGAAGUUCUCUCGAAUGCCCAAGUCGGAGGGCGGCGGCGGCGGCGGCGGCGGCGGCGGCGGAGGAGCGGCUGGUGGCGGGGCCGGCGGGGCCGGGGUCGGCUCCGGCUCCGGUAGCUCGUCCGUUGGGGUCCGGGUGUUCGCGGUCGGCCGCUACCAGGUCACCCUGGAGGAGUCGCUGGCCGAAGGUGGGUUCUCCACAGUUUUCCUGGUGCGGACUCAUGGUGGACUCCGCCAUGCGUUGAAGCGAAUGUAUGUCAAUAAUGUGACAGACCUCAACAUUUGUAAAAGGGAAAUUACAAUUAUGAAAGAGCUGUCUGGUCACAAAAAUAUCGUGGGUUAUUUGGACUGUGCUGUUAAUUCAAUUAGUGAUAAUGUAUGGGAAGUGCUUAUCUUAAUGGAAUAUUGUCGAGCUGGACAGGUCGUGAAUCAGAUGAACAAGAAGCUGCAGACAGGUUUUACGGAACCAGAAGUGCUACAGAUAUUCUGUGAUACCUGUGAAGCUGUCGCAAGGUUGCAUCAGUGUAAGACUCCAAUAAUUCACCGGGAUCUGAAGGUAGAAAAUAUUUUGUUGAACGAUGAUGGAAACUAUGUACUUUGUGACUUUGGCAGUGCCACAAAUAAAUUUCUUAAUCCUCAAAAAGAUGGAGUUAAUACAGUAGAAGAAGAAAUUAAAAAGUAUACAACUCUGUCAUACAGAGCCCCCGAAAUGAUCAACCUUUAUGGAGGGAAACCUAUCACCACCAAGGCUGAUAUCUGGGCACUAGGAUGUUUACUGUAUAAACUUUGUUUCUUCACUCUUCCUUUUGGUGAGAGUCAGGUUGCCAUCUGUGAUGGCAGCUUCACCAUCCCAGACAAUUCUCGUUACUCCCAUAACAUACAUUGCUUAAUAAGGUUCAUGCUUGAACCAGAUCCAGAGCGUAGGCCUGAUAUAUUUCAAGUGUCCUAUUUUGCAUUUAAAUUUGCCAAAAAGGAUUGUCCUGUCUCCAACAUAAAUAAUUCUUCUAUUCCUUCAACUCUUCCUGAACCGAUGACGGCUAGUGAAGCAGCUUCUAGGAAAAGCCAAAUAAAAGCCAGAAUAACAGAUACCAUUGGACCAACAGAAACCUCAAUUGCACCAAGACAAAGACCAAAGGCCAAUUCCACUACUGCCACUCCCAGUGUGCUGACCAUUCAAAGUUCAGCAACCCCUGUUAAAGUCCCUGCUCCUGGUGAAUUUGGUAACCACAGACCAAAAGGAGCGCUGAGACCUGGCAGCGGCCCUGAGACUUUACUGGGCCAGGCGCCCCCGCAGCAGCCCCCGCAGCAGCAUCGGGUCCUGCAGCAGCUGCAGCAGGGAGACUGGAGGCUGCAGCAGCUUCACGUGCAGCACCGCCGCCCUCACCUGCAGCAGCAGCAGCUUCAGGAUGCGUACGUGCAGCAGUAUCAACACGCAAUGCAACAGCAGCAGAUACUUCAGCAACAGUUUUUAACGCAUUCGGUGUAUCAGCCACAGCCUUCCGCAUCACAGUAUCCUACAAUGAUGCAGCAGUAUCAGCAGGCUUUCUUACAGCAGCAAAUGCUAGCCCAACAUCAGUCGUCUCAACAGGCAUCGCCGGAAUACCUUACCUCCCCUCAAGAGUUCCCACCAGCCUUAGUGGCCUACACUUCAUCGCUUCCAGCUCAGGUUGGAACCAUAAUGGACUCCUCUUAUGGUGCCAACAGGUCAGUUGCUGAUAAAGAGGCAGUUGCAAAUAUUACAAAUCAGAAGAACAUCAGUAACCCACCUGAUAUGUCAGGGUGGAAUCCAUUUGGAGAGGAUAACUUCUCCAAGUUAACAGAAGAGGAACUGUUGGACAGAGAAUUUGACCUUCUAAGAUCAAAUAGGCUCGAGGAGAGAGCACCCUCAGAUAAGAAUGUAGAGCCACUUUCUGCUCCACAUGAGCAUCCUCCAGAAGAUCCUUUUGGUUCUGUUCCUUUCAUUUCUCACUCAGGUUCUCCUGAAAAGAAAAUUGAACAUUCAUCCAUGAAUCAGGAAAACAGCACUGCAAAUGCUAUCAAGAAUAGAAAAGCAAGCCCAGUAUCUAAAGACCACCGGACUGGAAAGAAAACCUCAGAUAAUUUGUCAGUACACGGUCAGGUGCCAAAGGCGAAUGAUGAAUCUGAAAGUGAUUUUGAAUCAGACCCCCCUUCUCCUAAGAGCAGUGAAGAGGAGGAGCAAGAUGAUGAAGAAGUUCUCCAGGGGGAACAAGGAGAUUUUAAUGAUGAUGAUACUGAACCGGAAAAUCUGGGUCACAGGCCUCUCCUCAUGGAUUCAGAAGAUGAGGAGGAGGAAGAGAAGCACAGCUCGGAUUCUGAUUACGAGCAGGCCAAAGCCAAGUACAGCGACUUGAGCCCUCGCUACAGAGACGGGUCUGGCAGCAGCCCGCUCCCAGAUCCUGGUGUAACACUCCUCGCGCCAGCCCAGUUCCCCUCGGAUGCUAGAGCCGAGGCUCCCAAGCCCGAGUUUGAUGUAUUUGGCGCCGUCCCCUUCUUUGCAGCACGUGCGCAACAGCCCCAACAGGGCGGCCAGGGGAAGGACCUCUCCCCUGGGCCCCGGCUUCCCGCGGGGGGACUCGAGCCGGAGGAGUUUGAUGUCUUCACCAAGGCGCCCUUCAGCAGGAAGGUGACCGUCCCCGACGGCCGCGCUGUCCCCGCCUGUCCCCAGAGUGUCGAUAUCUUUGGCUCGACUCCAUUCCAGCCCUUCUCCACGGCCACGAGCAGAAGCGACAGCCACGAGGACCUUUUCGGGCUGGUGCCCUUUGAGGAAAUAACUGGGAGUCAGCAGCCAAAAGUCAAACAGCGGAGUUUACAGAAACUCUCCUCCCGCCAGAGGCGCACGAAGCCGGAGGUGGCCAAGAGCAACGGGAAGCGGCAUCACGGCACCCCUACGGGCGCCAAGAAGCCGGCCAAGCCGGCCUACCGCACCCCGGAGAGGGCCCGCCGGCACCGCCGGGUGGGCCGCCGGGACUCCCAGAGCAGCAACGAGUUCCUGACCAUCUCGGACUCCAAGGAGAACAUCAGCGUCGCUCUGACGGAUGGCAAGGACAGAGGGCACGGCCUGCAGCCCGAGGAGAGUCUGCUGGACCCCUUCGGGGCCAAGCCCUUCCACCCCCCAGACCUGCCAUGGCACCCCCCUCACCAGGGCCGGAGCGACAACCCCGUCCUGCCCGGGCGGCCCAGGCCGAAUUCACUGCAUGGGGCCUUCCACGGGGCCGAGGCAUUGAAAAUGGAUGAUUUUGGGGCCGUGCCCUUCACAGAACUCGUGGUGCAGAGCAUCCCUCCACAUCAGUCCCAACAGCCCCAGCCAGUUGAACUGGACCCGUUCGGUGCUGCUCCGUUUCCUUCUAAACAGUAGAGACUUCCGGCAGACUCUUGGUAUUAACUCCUGUUUCCAAAAAAAGAGUAGGCAUAGUUUUAUGAAUUUGAAAGAAAAUUUAUUUGUAUAGCUCUUUAUAUCAUCCAUUCUUAUAGAUCAAUCAGAAUAGGUGAUUUUUAAAUAAACCAAAUAGAAAAAGGAAGGGUCUGCACAGGGUCGCGACUCCAUGUCCCUCCCACGCAGGAGCAAAGGGAGCGAAAUGGCAAAGCCUAACCCAGGGUUUCAGCUACUGACGGGACAGCACGGAAAUCCGGGGAAAGCAUGGCCCCUUUCCAGUCGGGCAGCCCCUGAAAGGCUGGGACUGGACGGCUGUGACAUUCUUUUUCUAACUGAGUGUCACAUUUGUGUGCAUGUCCCAGGCUCAUUCCAGAAUCCAGCAUUUAAAACCAAGGUUAUUUGUACAUAUACAAGCUGCAUUUGUGGACUUUUUUUUUUUAAGGUCUCUUCUAAUUUCCACAUGGUAAAACAAGCAAAACAAAAAUCAAGUUCUCAUGAAGAAUGAGAAAAUUAUAAUCUGGAGAAUGCAGUCCUUACACCUUUCUCUACAAAGCAGAGCCAGAAGUCACUGACUGUUGUGCCUAAAACUGUUUCAUUAAAAAAAAAAAAAGUGCCAUUAAUACGGAAUAUCUAUGUGGAAGCCUAGAAAAUAAAUAUAAAUAUCUGACCGGUGGAAAAACAUAAAAGAAAAAAAAAAAACAAGAGAAAAAAACACUCAGUACUUAAGGAACACUUUAUGUUCUGUUUUUUGAAUAAUGGCUUCUUGCUCAAAACUUUAUCAUGUCCCUAAGAAAGCAGAUUAUUGGAAAAACUGGGAGUGAGGACAAGGGUUAUAUAGAAAUUUUCUUUUAGGAGAAAAUAUGUAGCUGAAACCCUGAGUUUGUGAGACGUUUACAGUGUAAAAUCAUGUUGCAUUUACUAAUGUACUUUAUUAAAUUACCACCUUCACCAACUAGUCCCCAAGUCAUGAGCAGCAAUUUUUUAGUUCGGUCUGGAGGGUGGAGUAGUUUUAAUAAAGUGCACAGAACAGUGGAACCCACAAAGCCUUACUGGCGGGACUCGCACAUCCUGCUGCAAGUACCUCUGCACUAACACGAGAUCUCAGAGUGGCCGUAGGUGGCAGGUGAUGAGCGACUAGCAUCUGAACUCUGCUAGUUAGUUGAUUGUCUUUAGCGAAAAGAACCCAGCUACCAAAUUGCCUUUUUUUUACAUCACAAAUCCUAAUUAGAAACUUGAGAUUUUAUAGAAAUUGUUUAAUAAGAUAGAAAUGACAUAUAUGAAUUAAUGUGAAUAUGGUAUCUGUGCUUCCUGUGUCUCCAUUUUAAGUUAUAAUUUACUGUCCUUCCUUAUCAAAUUAACGUUUAGAAGUUACUAGAACCCUUAAAGCUAUUUACAAAAAGGAGUGGAAACUAUUAUCAACUGGCAUUCUCUUUGAUUGCUCUAUUUUAAAUUAACUCUCUUUGAGCCCAAUUAAAAUGUAUUUUAUGCGUAACCUUAUUAGACUCUCUUAAUUAUAAUGCCCCAGUUGGGAUGAGUUAUUUGCCUGUUUCCACACACAGAUCUACACUUGGAAAGCAGCAAAGUAUAUGUAACUAAACUGUAUCUUUUUUUUUUAUCACUUCUCUUUUCUCUUUUAUGUUUUAAAUCAGAUACACAUUUGUAGACAACCGGGAAGCAAUAUGUGAAUCACAGCGUAGCAGAGGCAGACCAGGCAUGUCAUUACUGCGUAAAGUUGUACUUUUCGAGCCCGACUGCACCAGUUACUUGUCCUUGUGCCAAAGGCAAAUCUUAUGUUUGCACCUUUUUUUUUUCUGAUUCUCAGGUCGAUUAAUCCUGCUAAUGCAAAUGCUCAAGUAGAUCUUUAAAACUUUACAAAGUAGAUUCAAGUGAUAACUUUCUUUUAAAAGUGAAGUUGAUGAUUACACAUAGUAAAUUCAUGAACUACAGUAGGUUUGUAUCAAACAAUUUUUUAAAAGCAAAAAUCCGUUGGUUAACGUAUACCCAGUAUGAUUCUUUGACUAUUUUAGUCCUUAGCCUUGGUCUCUGCUAGACCUCAUGAGUUUCAUAAUUUAGAAGGGGUCUCUUUGGGAUGUAAACACGAAACACCUAAAGUCCAUCUGAUACCAAGGCCUUGCUUACACUUGUUUCUCAAUACACUGAAUAAUUUUAAAUGAUGUAGACACUGAUAGACACUUUGGCUUAUAAUGCUGGAUAAAUUCUAAGGAAACACUCUGACAUAGCUUAAAAUCUUUACGUUCUUAAGUUUAUUAUAUCACACCCCAGUGACUUUCCUUUUGAGAUUAUAGCUCAGAGAAAACAUUUAGGACUUAGUAGGGGAUCCAAUGGGAUAGAAAUGGGGAGAUUCCUUUGUGUUGAAGUAGAGGCAUUUUCCCAAGGAGUAGAGAAUUAGGGUUGCUUUUCAUUCCCCAUCAUGUUCUCUCCUACUUCUGUUAGGAUGGAGGUCACUCCACAGCUGAUGCCCAGGUAAUCCCCUUAUGAGAAUUAUGAGAAUAAAGCUCCGAAGUCAUAUGAAGGAGCUUAAUAUGUACUUGCACACAGCCCUCAGUAAAGGUUUGGCUCUAUUUUGGGGUGGUCCAAUUCUUGUUCAAGGAAGGAAAGUUGAAAAGAAAUUAUGUUCCUAUUAAUCAGGUGUCCUCUGAGCUUCUUUAGCAUGUAAAGUAGUCAAAACUCUAAACCUGCAAUACUUGAACAUCACUAAGGGAAGUAAAGUAUUAUGAAGCUAGCAAAAGUCUGAGGCCAAAGUUAUUUCUGUCCUAACAGCUUUAAGAAUGCCUGUUGAUUUUUAAAUCAUCUUUUAAAAAGUGGACCACUUGCUUAAUUAUUUUAAUAUUAUCACUUCAGCAAAAUGUUAGUGUUAAAAGAUCAGCUUCUAUGGCAUUGAGGAAUGUAUGUGCUAACACACAAAAGUUGCUUGGUAUGUGUAUUAGGUGGAGGAGGAAAGGUGGUAGGCUGGAUGAAGGUUUAACUAACUAGAAUAUUUAUUGAGAAGUAUCCAUUGGGAAAGAGUGUAAUUCUUCCACUGACACACCUCACCCCUCCCUGUGUGUGUGUCCCCGGGCACAGUUAUGACAUUAUUUGGAACUGUAGAUAGACACAGCUUUUGAUCCUACCCUGAUUAUUGCCUGACAGCGACAGACUGUUUUGUCCUCGUCUUGCUGGUGGGAAAUACUGAGGUGGAGCCCACUCCUCCAGGCUGGCGAGCAGCAGGCGGAGUCGUUUCCCUGCUCUUCAGCUUAUUCUCUGCUUGGUUUAUUUUAGGAUUUGGUACUUCAUGUCAGCAUUGCUAGAAGGUACACGUGUAUUAUCACUGGGUCUGAGGAUUUGGGGUACAUUUGUUUUAAUAUGUAGAAUGUGCAGUAAGCUUUUUCUUGUCCUUUGUCUUUUUUUUUUUUUAGCACAAUUACUUAUCAUUUUAGGUCCAAUAUUGAGCUGACAGAUCUACUGUGAGAAUGAGAUGACAUAUCUACUGUGAGAAUAACGUGAUAGUUUAUUUGAAAACUUAUACACAGUGGUGUUUAUAUAUUAAGGUAAAUGUAUAAACACGCAUGCAUGCACACAGCACAUCUCUCUACCGUGGAAUUAAUGUGAAUUUUUAAAUUUUAAAUGGAAUUGCAACCACAAUCAUUACUAAAAGAACAUUCACUCCUAGUGAGGGUUGACAAAAGCCACUAAAAGAAUAAGGUAGGCAGAUGAAAAUGCAAAGGGCCACCAUUUGGGGUUAUUUUUAUUUAAAAAUUUAUUGUGCUACUUUUGAAAGAGAAUUGUUUUUAUUACUACGUUCUUUUUGUGAUUGAAAAGUCAUUGAAUAGUAAGCAGUCUAGUAACAGUAAGCUACUUUUUAAUUGCUGGCAAACAGCUUUAAGUGCACUUUCUUUGAUUACACUUCCAUUUUUUGUUAAACUUGAAUUUUCUGAAGCCUUUUAUGUACCACUAAGCAAAUAACUUUAACUUUUAAUAAACCUGAUUUACAUCUUUAUUAUAUUUCUAAUUGUUAAAAACAUACUUUCUAAAGCUAAUUUCAAUCCUCAGAUAUAGCUGUUAGGAAACUGUUAUGACAUAGAACCAGUUUUUGUUUUUUUUUUGUCCUAUAUCUAAUUAAGCACUAACUGAUUUUACUAGUAUGUUGCCUUUACAUUGCUUAUUCUUAUUGACUGAAUUCUGUCCCUCAUUCACUUUGUUUUGUUUGAAAUUUAAAGUUAUUUUCUUACUGUAUUUAUCAUACCUACUGUUUUUAAUAGUCUGCUUCCUUUAAAUGCAAUAAAUCCCAAAUGGAUUGCAUAUUCUUUAUAA